AUGGAAGGCCCUUUGCAAACCUCCAUUGAUGUGUGCCAUGAAAAUGGCCAGUGGAUGUCACAAUUACCAGAGAAGCUUUGGGAUACUCCCCUCUAUAACUUAGCUCUUCCCGGGAGUCAUGACACUAUGACGUACUGCUUGGAUAAAAACUCUGCUGUUAGUGGCAAUGAAUCCAAGCUGGUGAAGUUUUUAAACAAAUGGAUACCCUGCAUUGUGCACCCCAUUAUCAUGAAGUGGUCUACAACACAGGUACUGACUGUGACAGAGCAACUUGAGGCCGGAGCUAGAUAUCUGGAUUUCAGGAUUGCUCACAAGGCUAACGAUCCAUCUCUGAAUUUGUACUUUGUGCAUAUGGUUUACACAACUGUUACUGUACAGGACGUUCUGUGGGAAGUGCUAAAGUGGUUGGAAACUCAUCCACAGGAAGUUAUCAUCUUAGCCUGCAGGAAUUUUGAUGGAUUAACCAGGAGACUUCAUCGUCAUCUUAUUGCCCGUAUAAAAGAGAUUUUCCACUGUAAACUAUGUCCCAGAAAUGUGGUGCCAACUCUGCGGACCAUGUGGCAGCGUGGCCAUCAGGUUAUAGUCUCGUACGAAGAGGACAUGGAAGUGGAGAAGCACCGUGAGCUGUGGCCUGCGAUCCCAUACUGGUGGGGAAACAAAACUGCCACUCGUGCUCUUAUCCAGUAUCUGGAGCGCAUGAAGCGGAGGGGCCGUCCAGAAAAAUUCUUUGUAGCGGGGAUUAAUGUUACUGAAAAUUUAAGGUAUAUACUCCUCCACCCAUUUGGAUCAUUGAAGAAAAUGACACUUAAGAGUCUUCCAUGCUUGAAAAUCUGGAUAAGGCAGCAGUAUCCAGGACCAAAAAAAGAAUGUAUUAACAUCAUUGCUGGAGACUUUAUAGGAAACGAUGAUUUUGUCAAAGAUGUGAUAGAACUUAAUGCAAAAAUUAAUCCUCCAUUGCACUGUCAAAGUAAAGGGUCUGGAAAAAGUAGCAUUGAAUUCUCAGCUCCUUAA